GGAAUUAGCUGAGAUUCCCCCUCCAACUUUCGAACGUGAUGGGGUUGCCCAAAACUAUCGAUGCGAUCAGGAAGCAAGUCGGAAUAUGACUUUAUGGCCGGCAUUAUGACAAUUCGGCCGGUGCGUUGAACUGCAGCCGAAGGCUGGCCAGCUGCUAUAUGCCAUAGCUUUUGAGGGCUGUCAGGGGCCGGUGAUGUGGGUAAUGUAGACGUCAGCGAAGCUCCGGCGUGAUUUACCUGCGACGUCGAAUCAGUUGGACAAACUCAAUCACGCUCCCGCUCCGAUAAAUAGGUACACAAAAAGAGCAAGACCGUGGGCAAAAGCCCGAGUGUCUACGUGAGUGAAUCACUGCGGACGGACGGUAUUUAAGCUUCAAUACGCGGCGGAGCUUGAAUCACUCGCAUCCACUCGCCGGAAUCGAAAUGUGCUACAGAUAUAGCUUCAGCUUCGCCCUGAUCGCGGUGCUGCUCUUGGCAGCCGGAGUGCUCGGAGCUCCCUCGGACGUCGUGGUGGAGAAGGCGGAGGACCCCAGUGUGCCGAAGCCCCAGCCGGAUGGCGACCUGAAGGUCCCGGAGGACUGCCACCAGCCCAAGGAGACCGGUCGCUGCUUCGCCCUCUUCUACCGAUUCGCCUACAACGUGGACACCCAGUCCUGCGAGGAGUUCGUCUACGGGGGCUGUGCCGGCAACAAGAACAACUUCGAGACCAAGGACCUGUGCGAGCAGGCCUGCCUGGGAAAGUCCGCAGUCCCGGACUCCACCACCGAGCAGAUCAGCGAAAUCUCCACCGAAACGAGCACGAGUGCCUAGGCUACUCUGCUUUCUACUGCGCAGUUCAUAGGCUUAUGUGUCAUCAUCAGCUCAUUUUCAGUACGCAACUCAUAGAAAUAUUGUUGUUUGAAUAAAUUUACAUGGUUUUUAAGAGAAA